AUGACACGAGUCCGGGUCCAUGACGGACAGGAAGAAAUGGAAACACAGGAAAACGCCCGAUUAACGGCUACACGGCUUCGCCAAAGUCCCAAGCCUGCAACGAGAUCGAAAAGUUUUGACGAGACCUUUGAGGAUGCCACGGACCAAUAUAGACAACACGACAUCGAUAUUCUGGCCGCCUUCACCACGCCAUCUGGAGUCCACAUCCCGCCCAAUGUUCGUGUUGCUCCUGGUGUCAAAAUUCCGCCUGGCAGCAAGUUUCCAACCGAUAUUCCCAUUGUGUUCCCGGCUGACUUUGCCGGAGAAGACCAAAACACCGAGACCGACAAGCCUUCCGUGACGCUUUCUCAAACGCCCCCCAAUACCAAGCCUGAGGGGGCCCGGAAUUGCAUCCACACUUGCAAUGACGAUGCCACUACCGUCAAGCAAGACUACUUGCAAUAUGAACCCGGAGAGCAGCUGUGCCUCAGCCCUCAUGAGCCACCCGAGCCCUAUGGCAUCUCCGGUUACCCGAAUCCUGACAACAUGUCCAGCAAUGACAAGAUGCUAUCGGAGGAAGAAGAGCAUAUGAGUCGGACAGAACUGGUAUUUCGCUACAGCCCCUACGUACCCUUGGCGAAAAGAAAGAACGAAUUUUCCAUCCUCUUGCCGACGGACUCAACCCACAGCGACAGCAACAAGGGCAUGAAGAAGAGCGCCCCGAAGUCCGACAAGCAAGCCGAAGAUUUCCAAGUAAUAGUGGAAGUUGUCAGACUCAUCUGCGGUGGUUCGGAGGGAGGUUGUCAGGUUCUUCUUUGCAAGUCAACGAAGGUUCCCCAGAGGGAAAUAUGGACAAUGAGCCCCAAGAACAUUGACGAACCAUCCUUAUAUGGAGAGUCCUUGAAUAUUGAAGACCUUGUCGUCGUCAAGGUCUUCGACCCAUUGUUUUACGGCGAUGUUUCGAACACAAACAAGGGUCCUUGGAAAGCCACAAUCAUUGCAGAUGGCGAUCUCAGUCGCGAGAAUGCCUCGUAUCAACACCUCUGGAAGGCAGGAAGAACCGGGUCUCCGCACCUCGCACCGCAGUAUCAUGGCUCUUGGACUCUUCCACUCACAACCGCUUAUCCAAAGUUCAAGGGUCAGACUCGCCGAGUUGGAGCAAUCAUGAUCGAGUACAUUCAAGGCAAGAGCAUCGAAGACUUAUGUGAUCGCAACGAGCGCUAUCACUUGGUGCCACCAACAGGUCCCACAUAUCUUGACUUCGAGGAGACCAAACAGCUUGACUUGACCCGGGAGGUUCGCCUUAAGACCUUAAAGAAUUUCAUGAAGCACACUGUUCAUCAACUUCACGCAGGGGUAGAGCACUGGUGGCCAGAGCCGGAGAACAUCCUCAUCUCGACAGAUGAACAAGGCAAACCGCGAGUCGUCUUGGUUGAUUAUGUCAGUUCAAUGAUCGAUUCAAAGCGGAAGGUGCCUUAUGAACUAUUCAAGGAUUACAUCAAGCCUCCUCAUCCGUAUGGGCAGUUCUCCAUUGAGAAACUCACUCACUUUGCCGGCUGGUUUCCUCCCGGCUGGCGGAGUGAGCAUCUCGACACCUGGGUUCUCCGAAGGUUUCAUUCGCUGGAGAACUGCGAUUACACAAACCCGUGGACCCACGAGAGGGGAACUAUGUACGAGCCGGAUUCAGACAGUGAAACGGACUAUGCUGGACCGUCGAAGCAACAGUCGGACAAUCUGCUCGAGGUUCCUCUUGGAAAAGCCAAGUAA